CUAUCCCCUGCGCCGCUUCCCACCCUCUGUCCCUCUCCCCGACGGCUGCGCGCUUGAACCCCACGCGCGCGGGCACCGCCAAGAGCGGCCGGACGAAUCGCGGCGAGGAGGCGGGCGCGGGCGAGGCAGAGGAGGAGGAGGAGGCGCGCGCGGCGGGAGAUUCGCGAGAGAUGAAGUACGUCCUGGUGACCGGCGGCGUGGUGAGCGGCCUCGGGAAGGGGGUGACGGCCAGCAGCAUCGGCGUCGUGCUCAAGGCGUGCGGCCUCCGCAUUACGUCCAUCAAGAUCGAUCCUUACCUUAACACCGAUGCUGGAACUAUGUCUCCUUUUGAACACGGCGAAGUGUUUGUGCUAGAUGAUGGCGGCGAGGUGGACUUGGAUCUCGGAAACUAUGAGAGAUUUCUUGACAUUAAACUGACUCGCGACAACAACAUAACUACUGGAAAGAUCUACCAGUCUGUUCUUGAGAAAGAGAGAAAGGGAGAAUACCUGGGAAAGACUGUGCAGGUUGUCCCACACAUCACAAAUGCCAUACAAGACUGGAUUGAGCGUGUUGCAGCGGUUCCUGUUGAUGGCAAGGAGGGACCAGCUGAUGUCUGUGUAAUUGAACUGGGUGGCACUAUAGGGGAUAUUGAAUCCAUGCCAUUUAUCGAGGCUCUAGGUCAAUUUUCUUAUCGUGUUGGUGCUGGUAAUUUCUGUUUGGUACAUGUCAGUCUUGUUCCGGUUUUGAAUGUUGUCGGUGAGCAGAAAACUAAACCAACUCAACACAGUGUACGUGGUCUGAGAGGACUUGGUCUCACGCCAAAUAUUUUAGCUUGUCGCAGUACUAAGGAGUUGGAGGAAAAUGUGAAAGAUAAACUCUCUCAGUUUUGUCAUGUGCCGGCUGCUAAUAUUUUCACUCUCUAUGAUGUUUCAAAUAUUUGGCGUAUCCCUUUGCUAUUACGGGACCAAAACGCACACAAUGCUAUUCUUAAUGUUCUGAAUCUCGGCAGUGCUGUUCGGGAGCCGAAGUUGGAGGAAUGGGUGGCAAGGGCUACUUUAUAUGACACAUUACAGGAUAAAGUCAGAAUUGCCAUGGUUGGAAAGUACACUGGUCUAUCUGAUUCAUACCUUUCUGUGUUAAAGGCUCUUUUGCAUGCUUCUGUCUUUUGCCACAGAAAACUAGUUGUUGAUUGGGUUGCUUCCGCUGAUCUCGAGGAUUCAACUGCCACUGAGGCACCUGAUGCUUACAACACAGCCUGGAGUUUAUUGAGGGGUGCUGAUGGUGUUUUAGUACCCGGUGGCUUUGGAGACAGAGGUGUUAAAGGAAAAAUACUGGCUGCUCAGUAUGCCCGUGAAAACAAUGUCCCCUAUCUUGGUAUAUGUCUUGGCAUGCAGCUUGCUGUUGUAGAGUUUGCGCGGCAUGUUAUGAACUUCCCUGAUGCGGACAGCACUGAAUUUGAUCCCAACACGAAGACUCCAUGUGUUAUUUUUAUGCCAGAGGGUUCCAAGACCCAUAUGGGUGGGACCAUGCGCCUUGGAUCAAGGAGGACAUUUUUCAAGGUUACUGACUGCAAAUCUGCUAAGCUCUAUGGUAAUGUGAACUAUGUAGAUGAGAGACAUCGACACAGAUAUGAGGUAAAUCCUGAUAUGGUGCCAAUAUUUGAAAAUGCGGGACUUAAGUUUGUUGGAAAAGACGAGACUGGAAGGAGAAUGGAGAUCAUUGAAAUGCCUGAUCACCGUUUUUUCAUCGGCGUCCAAUUCCACCCGGAGUUCAAGUCAACACCUUCAAAACCUUCAGCACCAUUUGUCGGACUAAUCGCCGCAUCGUCUGGGCAACUGGACCAGGUGCUGGAAGACAGUUGCAAUGGACACACCGCCGCAGACAAACACAGACCCAGCAACGGCUCUUUGACACCCCAAGAACACCAGAAUGGGCACACGAAGAAGCAAGCCAAUGGUGUAGCGAAUGGAACCUGCCAUGCCAACGGUAACGGCAUGCACCAUUGACAGUGCAAUCAGUUUUGCCAAGGGUUUCUCGCUUACUUUGCAGCUCCCUGUCCCGUCAAUUUUCGACGUAGAUGACAUACCGAAUGCUUGAGGAAAGAGGUUCUGUUUGAUCGGUGCUGACUGCUGCUGGCUCAGCAAAAGCUUUUUUUGUUCUCGUUAGCUUGAAGGAAAAGGGACCGGGGUUGAUAUAUCUGAAAGAAAAGGCAGGAUAGCGGCUUUCUGAGUUCCUCGUGUGUUUUUGAGAAAGGUUGAGAAGAAGAUUUCUAUCUGGGAUCAAAAUGUCAUGACCCCGUUUGUAAUUUUCCAGAGAUUUUUUGGGUCUAAGUUUCUAGCAGAUGUUUUACUUUCUUAGAAUUUCUCCUUGUUAGCCGUACUUAGACAAAUGAAUUAGUGCUUUGGAUUACCCUGCAGUUCAAUAAAAUAAAAUAAAAUCAUUUUGUGUAUA